GUCGAGGAUAUCAACACAGCAUGCUUAUCCAACGUAUUCUGCCUGAGAUCAAAUCGGACACAUGCUCUUCACCUUAACUUUGGGGAGCGAGUGGGGGCGGGACAGCGGAAACAGCGGGUCGAAAACAUUAAUCGGGAAUAUCUUCCCACGGUUACCCUCUUUAUACUACCAUUAUCGACGCGCGACGCCACCAUGCCUCGCAAGACGACUCUUGACGCCUUUCCUCCCAAACACGAUGUUGACUCGCAGACGACAUGACACGUCACUCCGCAAUAACACACGUCGCAAAGACGGGCAGGGUUUCACACCAAAACACAUAGCAUUGCGCUGUGCAGGCUAUGCGGAUGCUCAGAUAGACCGCCCCACUACAUGGGGACACUGAUUACCGGUGGUUUAAGUAUAGUGUUAGUGGGAAACUCAGAAGUAUGGCGAGCGCUUCGCAAGGCAACUCACACGAUGCUGGCUACACAGCUUUCACUACAACAUCUGGUCAUUCAGAAGGCGGAGGCCGCGCAGCUCAUGUACGACAUUUUGCGAUCACCUGAAGCCUUCUUUACUCACAUCCGCCGUUACUCGAAUUCUGUCAUUUUGUCCGUACUAAAUGGAAAGCGUUGUCCGCGCUACGAAUUUCCAGAAGCGAAGGCAUUUUAUACAGUGAAUCGUCUAUGGAAUCACGCACCGGAACCUGGAGCACAUCCUCCUCUAGAUCUGUUACCUUUUCUGAGCUAUCUGCCAGGAUCGUGGAAAGAUCUUGCAAGCAGGUUAGGACACUACAGCGCCAGCUGUACUUUGGUUUACUCGAUGAAGGCUGCCAAAACGACGAAAUCUAGGUACCACUAAAGUAGCAGGAAUGAGCAGUCGUCAUCGGCCGAUAAUAGCCGGGACCAGAUUUGUCCCCACUCGGCUUGCACUCGGUCUCACCUCCGUCCUUUACUAAGACUUCAUUGCUGAACUACAGACAUCCUUUAGCUUAGCGACUGAGUACUGGGAACUAAUACUUCUGAU